AUGGCAGAUCCCACAGGUGGUGUUGGUGGUCUUCUAAUGGUGGGGAUAUGGUUUUCCGUCGGUUCUGGUGGUAUAAUGGUCGCCAGUGAGGGUAUGGAUGGGGCGUUGCCAACGUAUAGACAUGAGAUAGGAUCGAACGUUCAAGAUGGGUUCCCAACUAACCCCUUCUUCCCACGAUGCAGCAAGGCGUCUACCGAAUUCUUCUUCUCAACUCUCCACCAACCCCCUCCACAUUUCCCCACCAACAACUGGUAUAAAGGCUGCGUGCAUUCUCUCUCCUCCAAUCUACCUUCCUCAUCUACGCACAAGGCUGCAAUGGAGCUCGUAACGCCUGCUAUCGAGAAGAUGGGUGGACGCGAAGGUAUUAGGAGGAAUUCAACCCUAAUCUGUGCACCGAUAAUGGCGGAUACGGUGGAUCAGAUGUUGAUUCAAAUGAAUUCAGCGAAAUCUUAUGGUGCUGACCUUGUUGAAAUCCGAUUGGAUAGCUUGAAAGGGUUUAACGCUCGGGAGGCUAUCCAAACCCUAGUCAAACUUAGUCCUCUCCCCACGCUUUUCACUUACAGACCAACAUGGGAAGGUGGUCAAUACAAUGGGGAUGAAGAGAGUCGAUUGGAUGCUCUGCGCUUAGCAAUGGAGCUAGGAGCUGAUCACAUCGAUGUUGAGCUUCAGGCUGUUGAUGAUUUCAACAAUUUAAUUCAGGGAGAUAAGCCUACAAAGUGCAAACUCAUAGUUUCUUCCCACAAUUACGAAAAUACCCCUUCAGUAGAAGAGCUGGGGAACCUUGUGGCUAAAAUACAAUCAACAGGGGCUGACAUUGUAAAAUUUGCAACAACAGCUGUAGAUAUAACUGAUGUAGCACGAGUUUUUCAAAUAACUGCUCAUUCUCAAGUAAGCGGCGUCCCAAUAAUAGCAAUGGUGAUGGGUGAGAAAGGGUUGAUGUCAAGAGUACUCUGCCCAAAAUUUGGUGGAUAUUUGACAUUUGGUACCCUUGAACAUGGAAAGGUAUCAGCACCAGGGCAACCUACAAUUAGGGAUCUUUUGGACUUAUUUAAUUUCAGACAAUUAGGGCCUGAUACAAAAGUAUUUGGUAUUAUCGGGAAGCCAGUUGGGCAUAGCAAAUCACCAUUGUUGUACAAUCAAGCUUUUAGAUCAGUUGGCUUCAAUGGAGUUUAUGUACAUAUGUUGGUGGAUAAUGUAAAGAAUUUUCUUGACACUUACUCUUCUACAGAUUUUGCUGGUUUCAGUUGUACAAUUCCACACAAAGAAUCUAUAGUUCAAUGUUGUGAUGAGGUUGAUCCAGUUGCAAAGUCAAUAGGAGCAGUGAAUUGUGUUGUUAGAAGACAAAGUGAUGGGAAGUUAUAUGGUUGUAAUACAGACUAUGUUGGUGCCAUUUCUGCCAUUGAAGAUGGUCUACGAGGUCCAGGGGUUCAAAAUGGUGUAAGGGGUUCAAGUUCACCUUUGGCUGGUAGACUAUUUGUGGUAAUUGGUGCAGGUGGUGCAGGAAAAGCACUUGCUUAUGGAGCAAAAGAGAAGGGUGCAAGAAUUGUCAUAGCCAAUCGGACUUAUGAUCGUGCUAGGGAACUUGCUGAGAUAAUUGGGGGAGAAGCUUUAUCUCUUGCUGAUUUAAGUAGUUAUGCCCCUGAAGAAGGCAUGAUACUUGCAAACACAACUUCAAUUGGUAUGCAGCCAAACAUUCAUGAGACUCCAAUUUCCAAGGAAGCUUUGAAGUCGUAUGCAUUGGGCAGGCUUAUGAACAAUAUGAGAGAUUUACAGGGUUACCUGCACCUAAGGAAUUAUUUAGUGAGAUCAUGGCAAAAUAUUGAUUGUUGCGGGCCAUUCACCUUGAAACUGGAGGCUUUGAAGCAAUAUGUGGUGUAUUAAGUGGUACACACUGGAAACAGGGAGAAGAUCAUUCCAAUACUUAUUUCUGCAUCAUUUGUUAUUGUAUCAGUAUUUUUUUUUCUACAAGAAUAAGGAAUUUGUAUUUGAGAGCAUUCUAUUCUCAGUUUUCUGAUGCUAAAAAUUGAAUUUAUUUUUAUAUGAAAAAAAGAAUACUACGGGCAUGAACUAAUGAUA